UCAAGCACAAAGAGAGAUAAGAGGUUUAUGUUGGGGUUUGUGACAGACUGAAUCUCUCUCUCUCUCUCUCCCUCGAGACACUGAGAGCUACACAUCAUCAUUUUGAUACUGCUUGUUAUAGCUGCAACAGUGUCUAUUGUGGAGCACUGAAAGACAUACUGAUAAUAGGAUUGCCUUUGAGGGCUGAGGAGGCACUGAUGAUGAAUGAAGAUCAGGUGAAUGACAUAAUCCAGAGAUGGCAAAAUACUCCAGAAGAAGAUUUGAAGCCAGAGGACUACCAGCAGUUUAAGGAUUUUGGAUCUGCCUGUCUCACCGAGGUUGACAGUGCACAACUACUGAAAUUUCUUCAGGAUGAGAAAAACCAGGAGAUUGUGAAGUCUAUGGGUUGGGUUUUAAUGGCACCUCUUGUAAACGAAGUAGUUCAAAAAGAGAAGAGUCUUGAUCACUGCCAGGCUGCCAUCACACAUCUUACCAGGACUUGCAGCCCAAAUAAACUCUUGCCCAGCUUGCUUGAACUGAUUGAAGACAUUGAUCCAGGGGCCAUUUCUGAGACCAUCUUAACCAUUGUUCCACAUCUUCAAACAGUGUUGCUUCAGCUGGACGACAACAAAGCAGCCUGCGUGGGCUUGGCUCUGACCGCCCUGCAAAAGCAGUUGUCCAGGCUGCCUGUGCCUUAUACCCAGCAGCAGGAGGAAGCUGAUGAGUAUGGUCUGUGUCGCUGCUACAACGCCUUGGCUGUGUCUAUGAAGCCAUUCAUCGAGGAGGUGAAGAGGAAAAAUGAAAACUGCAAUGCCACGUCUGAGGAUGAGGAGCUAAGGACUGAGCUUCUCAAGUUCUGCAUGAGGAGCUUGAGGGAGCCCUUACUCGAGGCUGAACUGAACCGGGAUAAAAAAUCAUCACUGUGGUUCUUUGCAACAGAGAUAAUGGUCACACUACCUGCAAUCCAAGAGUCUCUGUCAGAGCUCCUGUUCUUCAGCACUCUGAAGAAAAGCACCCAGACAGACAACAGUCAGUCCACGGAGUCGAGAGCUUGUCUGGCUUAUCUACUGUUUGUUCAGCUCAUCACCAACGACAGCUUUCCUGCAGUAUUCAGUCCUGUAUUUGUUCUUCAGUGCAACAUGGAAUACAUCAAUCAACUUCUCAGUAGCAAAAAUGAAUCAUACCUGCUCAAAGGACUGGCACUGUAUGCAAAAAGCUUGGAGAGUGUGCAGGACAACAGCCUUCCAGUGAGUCUACUGGAACUGAGGAGCUUCUAUAGUGUACCACAGAACCUAAGGCACCUUCUUACUGACUGCCCAAUGCAGCAUUUGAGAAAAUCAGGACUACAGGUUUUACAGCUAUUUAUCAAUAAAUUAGAUGCUGAAGCCAAGCACAAGUUCUUCAGGUGCAUGUUUAAAACCAGCAACCAUGCAGGAGUAGAGAGUUACAUCAUAAAAAACAUCAGGAAUCAAGUUGAAUUUUCUCUGAAGCCGGGUAAUGCCAAUGAGUGGUUCCUUGGGGAGGAGUUUCUCUCCUUGUUGGAACUGGUGUUGUAUUUGCCACAAGGUGCUGAGACAGAUUUGCUGAACAGUAUGGAUAGGAUAAUGGAGAAUCUAAAUCUUCUUCGCUACCUCUUUAUUAGAGACAGAGAACUAAGGAGAACUACAGGUGUGUGGGAAGAGCUGUGCAAGCUCAAAGAUGAAUAUCUAAAAAUGCUCCGCGUGUGUAUCAGCAUUUCAAGAGGAUAUUAUUCCGCUGAACUGAAGGCACUGAGGGAGGCUCAAAAGCUAAAAGCAAAAGAAGCUAGAGAUGCUGCCAGAUCCACCAGGUUAGGAAAAAGCAUUACAGUGCCACAUGAGAAAGUGUCCAAUAUGUCCCCACAGGUCCAGCACCAGGUGUUGCAGAGUGCUUUGGUGACAUUUGACCUGAUGGAGAGUGUUAUAGUCCGUAUCGAAGAGAUCACAGAGGAAAAGCUGAAGAUCCCAAACUAAAUCACUUCUGGGUUAUUUUUAUAAACAUUUUUACUUUAUUUGCUCUGAUUGGCUCAUACAGAAACAUGCAUUGAUUACAAUUCUUUUAUUCUCUAUGCCAAAGUUAUUGUAAACAAAUGUAAAGCUUGUACUGUUAGCAUCGAAUAAAACAACACAAGUGUGUG